AUGGUCGUCCAAAACUGCAUCUUGGUGGACCGGAAGACUUCCACCAAGAGCGCCGCCACCAUCUGGAAGUAUUCGGGUUUCGCGCACCACCAGAAAACAAUUAAUCGCCAGUCAGCCGCGUUGACUUCGCCGGAGCUCGUGGCGCUCAACCACACCGUGCCCCAUCAGGGUGUCCUACCCCAAACAAUUUCGAGGAUGCUCGGCCCGGCCAGGCAAAAUAGCGAAACGAUUGCCGUGGGACACCCCCUGGCUUUAGAAUGGCCAUUUCCAGCGCAGCUGAAUGAUUAUCAAGCCGACCUGAAACAGGCGCAGGGCUCCGAACGCCCUUCACGAGGCCUUGAUGGGGAUCGCGUGGUUAGGAGCGGUGACUCAGCGGACUGUAAAAUGGCGGCAGCCUUAAACUUUAGGUUGAAAGACCUGGACAAAAGGCCCCUGAAGGCGUAG